UCCUCUCGGCUACCCUCGGUGAUCACGUGAUGCUAUGUCACAUUCGUUCCUAGCUGUUUCGUGGUGGAGUCAUUAAAACAGUUCCCUCUUUCUGGAAUAUUGUUUGCUUGAGUUUAAAAAGCAUGGAGAUUGGAACUGAAAUAAGCAAAAAAAUAAGAGCUGCUAUCAAAAGCAAACUACAGGAGCUCGGUGCUUAUAUUGAUGAGGAGCUUCCUGACUAUAUCAUGGUCAUGGUGGCCAACAAGAAAACCUCCCAGCAGAUGACUGAAGAUCUCUCUCUGUUCCUCGGAAACAACACAAUUAAGUUUACAAGUUGGCUGCAUGGUGUCCUGGAAAAAUUACGAUCUGUCGCCGAAGAGCCAGAAUCUCUGAGGCAGCUGCAGUCUGACACUGUUACUGUGUUUGGGAAAAGUCAGUCAUCUGUAGAUGAAAAUGAAAAUGGCAGUGCAGAUGACUUGAAGCUGCUGGCAGUGUCCAGCUCACGGAUUGAUAGGAUUGAAGCUCCCGUGUCUAGUUCUGCUUAUGACAGCAGGAAAGGGAUGCUCGGGAAGGGCUUCUCACAACAAACCUCAACUAUUAGGCCUCUCUUGGAGCCUCUCCCCUCAGAAGCUAUUAUUGAUAUCAAACCGGAGAUGGACGACGAUCUAAUUGCUGAGGAACCAGUAGAAAUGGGAAACCGUCGCACCCGUGGUGCUGCUAGUCGGCCAACUGCUGAGAUCUACAGACCUGGUCAGAGAGCGCUUACUUCUAUGAGCUCUUUGGAGAUGUGUAGACCCACAGAAGGAUCCUCAAGUAUAAGGCAGCAGGACAGCAGGAGCAGCAGAUCAUCCAGAACUGGGCUGAGCAAGGAAGAGAUGUCACGGAAAAGGAAGGCACCCGUUGCAAGCUCUGUUGUCCGGGUGAGCCGAGCAGACGAUGAAGACAGUGAUGAAGCCGAAGAUGACGAGACAAGUUUCGGCAGCCGAAGCCUCUCCAGUAGAGUCUCCCUCCCUUCCAAACCUGAACGAAAACCGACUCUCCCACCAGCCAAGCAAGCCAACAGGAAUCUGAUACUGAAGGCCAUCUCUGAGGCUCAGGACUCAAUCACCAAAACUACGUCCUACCCUGCAAUGCCACAGAGACAGACAGUUCCAGUGGCGCCUCGUACUCGCUUGGCCAGCAGCGAAGAGAUGACUGCAGCCAUCCAGCUGAUGCAGAACCUGCAGAACCUGGCUCCCAGGGUGGAAGCAUACACGGCUGCAGACAUGCCUGCUUCCAGAACAACAACAAGAUCAUUAGCCUCACGUCUUCAGUUAGACGGCAGUGAUACAAGAAGGCAGAAAGAAUAUGGUGUCGAAAUCCCUGCUGGCAGUGAGCCGAAGACCUCUGAUACGCGCUCCUUCAUAAUGAGUCGGCCGCCGUUAGAGGAAGCAUCCGUCCGAAGUCAGCAGCAAGUCCAGCCCCCAGCUUUGCCCCGCACUGUCCAGGCCAGGGAGGGAGUUGACUCCUCAAGUCCAAAGUUCAUUGUGACAUUAGACGGGGUACCAAGCCCGCUGGGUAACCUUAUAGAUGGAGACAUGGAGCUGGAUGAUGUGAGACCGCUCACAAAAGUUACAGAGGCACCCGGCCAGCCGAUUUACAGAGAGCCUAAAGUCAGCGUCCUUGACAGGUUACAGGGAGUGGUCACAUCAUCAGAAGAUGGAAGGAUGGACGUGGAAAUGGCAGAUGAGGAUGACAUUCCUAUCAAGAAACAGAAAGUUAUGGAGCGCUGUAAGUUCUGGCCUGUCUGCAAAAGUGGAGAUGAGUGCAUAUACCAUCACCCAACAGCGCAGUGCAAGACUUUUCCAAAUUGCAAGUUUGGGGAUAAAUGCCUUUUUGUGCAUCCUAACUGUAAAUAUGACGCUCGUUGCAAAAAGCCAGACUGUCCCUUCACUCACGUCAGCCGCAGAGGAACUGUUGCUCCUCCACCCAGACCAGCUGUGCAGCAAAGUCAGAGUGCAAUUGUAUGUCGCUUCUUCCCAGAGUGCAAGAAGGUGGAUUGUCCAUUUUAUCAUCCAAAGCCUUGUCGUUUCGCGGCUCAGUGUAAACGAGCCGGAUGCACCUUCUACCAUCCAACAACAGCUGUGCCUCCAAGACAUGCCCUGAAGUGGACAAAAGACAGAGCAGCUAAUUAAGCCCAGAGAAGCUGAUUGUCAAGCUGAGGAAGAUGUCCUUCACCUUUGUUUCUGGAACACCAUUAGAUAUGACCGUUAAAUGUGUCCUUCUAAUGCAUCAUUUAAACUGAUUUUUAAGAAGUGUUUUUGUAAGAUGACAUUGAGUUUCUGUUGAUGUUUUCAAAAUAUUAAAGACUCAAAAAUGUU